AGGUGCAGCAGGUUAUGAAUGGCGAUAGGAUGUGGUUUUCUGUUUCCUUUGCUGAUUGCUAUGGAAAAAAUAGCUGAAAAAUAGGCUGCCUGCAAGACUGAUUAGGGAAUUCCCCUGGCCACUGAGGCUCUUGCCAAGUCCUUUCCUUCCUACAGUCUUGCUGGUGGGUAUCAACAGGGAAACCAUCUCCACGGCAACCUCAAGCCUCCAGGCUCUGCCUCCUGGCUGCUCACCCAUCCCCAGGACCCAGCGGGGCAGGAUGAAACUGCUGGCUGCUGUGUUGCUGGCUGCUGGCCUGCUCAGCACCGCUGCUGGGAAGGAACAGCCCCCCCGGCCAGAUGAGCCCUCGAAGACCUGCUUCUUCCAGAUGCUCAGCAGCGUGGACAGUGAGUUCUGCAGAGGGGAUUUAGAAAUUAUCUACCCGGAGCUGGGUGAUGUUGGCUGCACAUACAUCCCCAAGUGCCACCAGUACCGCCGGUGGAUCAGCAAGGAGUGGGGCAGCCCCCGUGUCCGGUACCCCCAGGCUGAGGAGAGCAAGAAGUACGUGCUGGUGCUGGUGGACCCCGACGCUCCCAGCAGAGCCAACCCCAGGAACCGCUUCUGGAGGCACUGGCUGGUCACCGACAUCCCAGGUGCAGAUCUGCGGACUGGGGACAUCCAAGGGCGCGUGCUGACGGCUUACGUCCGGCCCACGCCACCACCCCGCAGCGGGUACCACCGCUACCAGCUCCGCCUGUACGAGCAGCCAGCUCACGAGGCCAUCGCCCUGAGCCCCGAGGAGCGGGUCUCACUGGGUGCCUGGGCGAUGGAGAACUUUGUGGAGCAGUUUCGGCUGGGCUCUCCGGUGGCCUCAACCCAGUUCCUCACCAAAUACCACGAGGAUUAGCACCGGCCAUCCCCUGCGCAGCUGCCUCCCCUCCCCUGCACCACAGAGCCACCGGACCAGGAGGAAACCCUGGGACUCACCAAGGAUGCACCCACCCUUCCACCAGCCCAGAUUCAGCAGAAGCCCAGCCCUUCCACUUCCAAACCUGGGAGGGGGUUUCUCCUUCCCUCCGAGGGUAACACCCCGAGCGGUGUCCCAGCUCGCCCUGGGUGUCCCGGGGAGGAUGGCAUCACCCUUUUCUCCUCUUUCCACCCCGUUUCUGGCCUGACCCCCAGCAUGUCCCACCUGCACCUUGGGGAUCUUGAGCUUUAGUACCUGCAGCUUUCAGAAUAAAGCACGGAUGGAGCACA